UGGUACACGGAUGACAGGCAGUCGAAAGGUGGCCAGUGAAGGAGAGGGUAAGGAGCGUGCGACUAACAGACCAAACAUGCAGUAAUGAAAAUGUGCUAGCCAGUAAUUCACGAGCGAGUCUUGAUCGAGCGCUAGUCAGCCAGGAGUGGGAGGCGUGCGUGACUUAAGUGUGACUCGCGACCAUGUUAGCGUGGCGUGUGGCGUUGGUGGUGGCCGUGGUGCCUUACCUGGCGGGGGCACAGCUAGCCGCAGAGGCCCAGGACCCAGCCGCGGAGUGUGAGUGUUCCCCGGCGUGUGAGGGCGCGGUGGAGGGCAGUUGUCGCGGGGGUGUGGUGGCGCGGAAGGACUGCCCAUGUUGCAACGUGUGCGCCAGGCAGGAGGGGGAGAUAUGUGCCUUGCCCUCCAUGCCCUGCGACACCAAGUUCGGCCUCUUCUGCUCUCCUGACGGUGUUUGCAAAGCUGAAUUCAAGUGCGCCGAAGAUGCAGAGUGCCCUGAGGAUCGCUUCUGCCUGGGCGGUGUGUGCGUGGACGCUUGCCUGAUCCUGACGCCGUGCCUAGGGACUCUGCAGGGGGGCAAGUGCGUGUCCAGGAACCACCAUCCCAUCUGUGAGUGUCCGGAAGGCACUGUAGCCAACCCAGAGGAGAAUGCGUGCCUUAAUGUCAACAGCACUGCUCAAGGCUGUGAGUACGAGGGCCGCCUGUACGCCCCCGGUGAGGCGCGCUACACCCAGCACUGCAUGGAACGCUGCACCUGCCAAGCUGACGGAACCUUCACCUGCGACUCCGUCACCUGCCCGCCAGGACUCUACCUUGCCGGCCACCACGCACAGCAAGAACUCUGCAUUGAACUGCGUAAUCGCCCCGGGGCGGACGAGUGCUGUGUGGUGGUUGCCUGCGCCAACAGCCUGGCGCGCCCCGCGGGCUCUGAUGCACCGCCGCUGGGCCACCUGCCGCCCAUCACUCAGGAAGAAAUGUCCGCAUUCCCCAUCACGGGCCGCGCCCUGAAUGGUGCGCCGAACAGGGAGGAGUACCAAAAGAAGCUCCUGGAGCUGGAGAAGGAGCUUGCCAAGGAAAAGAACAGUGACAAGAAAGCAUCGAGAGACGAGGUUGGUCUGGAGGAGCCAGACACAGCUACCGAUGACACGCCAAUGGAAGAGAUGGAGACCACCACGACUGUUCCUGAUGCAAACACCGAGCAGAUACCGAUGGUUGACCCCAUGGAGUUCACCACCGUCACGUCCCAGGCUGAAGACUUUACUCAAGUUGUGGACGAGAUGACAGAAGCGGAACCAACGACCACUGUCACUCCCAUGACGCAAGAAGAAGCAGCAGGACAGCAGCAGCAGCAACAACUGGAGGAGGAAGUCCAGCCUGCGGUGGUAGUGGAAUACGACGACGUAGGCGAGAAGGUGCACCGCAUCACCGUGGAGGAGCAAGUGUUGGUGGUCACCACGGAAGCUGCCACGCUGAUGGAAGAAGAGGAAGCUGCCACUGACGUUCCUCUUCCGUCUGACCUCAGCGGGCAGGAGGAGAUGACCAGAGAAGGAAAGAGCGCUGCAGCAGAAGGCGAGAACAGCACCACGGAGGAACAUCGGGAGGUGUCCACGGAGUCCCCCAAGCUGGAGACGAAGGGCGGCGUGGGCGGUCUCAAGGUUCGUCAGGUGACACACAACUCCACCACCCUCCUGCUGCCCACGAGUAAAGGCGGCGAGCUGUAUUACAAGGCUGCUGAUGGAGUGGAGUGGCUGCAGAAACAAGUUGAACCCGGAAAGGACUCGAUAGAACUCCCCGGCCUUCUGCCAGCCACUCAGUACACCUUGAAGUGGACAGGGGCCUUCGGGGGAUCUGCCAAAAUUAAUGUGGAGACUGAGGGAGGUUGUCGGCUGAAGAACAUGUCAUAUGGUAUUGGGGAGACGUGGUUCGACGGGUGUGCCAAGAGGUGCUCCUGCAGACCCUCCGGCAAGAGUGAGUGCCAGCCCAGGUGUGCCAUCCAGCCUCGUGAUGGUGCCUUGCAGGACCCGACGUGUGAGCAGCGACCAGACCCCGCAGACCCACAGUGCUGCUUCAUUUACGAGUGUCCCGGUGACAGUCAGGUGCAGGCGGCGGAGGGUCAGCGUGUGGAAGCCAACCUGCCCAAGCUACUGGUGACCGAGAAGAGCCACCACUCCAUCACCCUCGCCUGGGAUGACUUCAGGGGCAGGACUUACGAGGGAGGCUACGUGGCGGAGUACAGGAAGGAGAUGGAGGUGUCCCCUGGUGAGGAAGAGCUGCCCUGGAUGAGGAAGGAGGUGCCUAUUGGUGAAUUCCAGCCCAGACUCACCGUGGAAGGUCUUCAGCCUGACACACUGUAUGAGGUACGAGUGUCUAUUUUCGACGAGGCGGAGGACAAGCGGCGGGAGAGUACGGAGACAAUCAACGUGAGGACGGAAGCUGGAUGUGUGUACGGGAACGAUUCUUACCCAGUGGGGGAGUUCCUGCGGGGCUGUGAUGAGAGGUGCAAGUGUAUGGCCAGCGGGGAGGUGCAGUGCUUCGAGCGUUGUUCUCCGCCUUUCGCACGAGCUGGGUCAUACAUCGACGAUCCAAUGUGCAAGGAGAUACCACAUGAAUCGGACGAGUGUUGCGUGGCGGUGCAGUGCGAGAGCAGCGCGCAAGCAGCCAAGGAGGAGUGUGUGAACGUGGUGUGUGGACCUAACGCAGAGUGCUCUCCGGGUGUAGCAGUGGUGAAGGACCUCACACUGCUCGAUGGGGAGGCAGACGAGCCCGUGAACCUGUGCCGCUGUCUGGAUGGAUUUAUUGGCAACGCUUCUGAUAUUGUCACAGGCUGUGUUUCAGCCUCAGGAGCCAAGGAGGGAGGCUGCACCUUCAAGAACAGCACGUACAGACCCGGGGAUGUGUUCUAUGACAUGUGUACCCUGCGCUGCACCUGCAAUAACAACACUGAGCUGGAGUGCGAGCCUCGCUGUGAGUUCUCCCAUGAAGACGGCACAGAGACAGAGCCUGGCUGCAAGUAUAUCACAGAUCCUGAUGACUCAUGCUGCCGAAUCCGUGUCUGCAACUCCACCUCUGAGGCUGUCACCGAUGAUGCCCUUGCCUCAUCGCUGCCUUCUGAUGGUUGCACACAAGGCAAUGUCACUUAUGCCAGACAUGCUACCUUUUACAAUGGCUGUGAGUCGCAAUGUGUCUGCAUUGGCUUUGGUGACAUCUCCUGCACUCCAAGGUGUCCACCGUUCAAGGUCAUGCCUGAAGGUGCAGAAAAAUGUGAGACUCUGCCAGACCCUAACGAUUCGUGCUGCUCCAUCACAGUCUGUGACGAGCCCACUCCUGAUGUCAUGAGGGCCAACAUCACUGAACUGGAAGACGAAGUGAUGAGAAAUAUGACAGAGACAGAUAAGGAAAUGAUGAUGAAUGAAAUGAGAAACAUGACAGACAUGGAGAAGGAAAUCAUGAUGAAGAAGAUGCUGAACAUGACAGACACAGAGAAAGAAGCAGCAAUGAAGAACAUGACAGAAAUUGUUGAUGAGGUGAUGACUGAAGCCCAUGAGCUGGAGUCCACUCACAACGACACCCUCGGCCAUGACCACACCCAUGACAACGAGGAAGAACUGACAGGCAUACACACCCACGAACACACCCACGCUGACGGCACCACCCACUCCCACCCCCAUGACCACAGCAUGAACCACACCCAUGAUGAGCAUGACUUGAUGCUCUUGCACGAACACAUGAAUGACACCCAUGACCAUGAGCAUGGCAUGGGUGACAUGCACACUCAUGAAGAUGGAACCACCCACACUCACAAUGAUACAAUAGACCAUGACCACACCCAUGACAGCGAGGGUGAAGUGACUGGUGAACACACCCAUGCUGAUGGCACCACCCACUCCCAUCCCCACGACCACAGCACGAACCACACCCACGAUGAGCAUGACAUGGUUGACGUACACCUGCACACCCAUGAAGACGGCACCACACACAGCCACCCUCAUGACCCUAAUGACAUACACACUCACAAUGACACCAUAGAUCAUGACCACACCCAUGAGAAUGAGCAUGAACUGACUGGAAUACACACUCAUGAACACACCCAUGCUGAUGGCACCACCCACUCCCACCCUCAUGACCACAGUAUGAACCACACCCAUGAUGAGCACGACAUGGCUGUGAUGCACAUGCACGAACACACCCAUGAAGAUGGCACCACACACAGCCACCCUCACAACCAUGCUAUGAAUGACACUCAUGACCAUGAGCAUGGCAUGGAUGACAUGCACAUUCAUGAAGAUGGAACUACUCAUAGUCAUGAUGAAACUUUUGGACAUGAUCACACUCAUGAGCAUGAACACGAACUAACUGGUGUACACACCCACGAACACACCCAUGCUGACGGCACCACCCACUCCCACCCUCAUGACCACAGCAUGAACCACACCCACGAUGAGCAUGACAUGGCUGUGAUGCAUAUGCACACCCAUGAGGAUGGCACCACACACAGCCAUCCUCAUGACCCCAACAUGGAACAUUCACAUGACCAUGAUAUGCACCAUGAAAAUGAUAUGGAUGGAAUUGGCAAUCACACUCAUGUUCACGAAAACGGCCUUGUACAUUCUCACCCUCAUCACCACGAUGAGGACGAGGGCCACAAUCACACACACUUCAAUAAUGUUUUGGAUAAGAAGAGUCGAGCAGAGGAUCUGGGCAGCCACGACCUGAACAUCCUGAAGGUGACGGCCGUCAACGCCACGGCUGUCAUGAUAAGAGUGGCUGUCUCUGAUGCUGUGCGGCUCAAGGUUCUUUCCUCUGAGGACCAGCACUUCAUUGUCCUGUUCAGUCCUGAUUCUCUAACUUGGUCAGAAAAGAAGGUCUUUGUGAGGGAUAUUGAAAUAGAGAACCUGAAUGAGAUUGUUAUGUACCUGAACGACCUGCAGCCUGCAACAGCCUACCAGUUCCGUGUGUCUUUCCUUGACCUGGUCAGCUCCACCUCCAAGGCCACACUCCUCAGCAGCUCCUCUGAUCCAGGUGUGCCAGAACCCUCCAGGCUGGAGUGUGUUGAGGGUGAGAUCAUCGAGGAAGAGACAGAAUGUGGGAGUCGGUGCACCUGUAGUGGAGGACAGAUCCACUGCAAGCCUCGGUGUCCUCUGUUUCAGCUUCCACCAGACUUAAAUUGCACUAUUAUCACAAGCCCACAAGACCCCUGCUGCUCUGUGCCAGACUGCCAAGUGAUGCCUCUGGAGCAUGACACAUCAGCACCACAGGAACACACUGAGGUUACUCUUGUGGUGUCUGAUGGGAUGAUGGAGAUGAAUAGCACUCAUGAGUCCAGUAGCUUGCCAGAUGACAAGAAUCUUACCAGCAAUGACUUCAUGACGACUCUGACUGAUGAGCCUGAUGAUGUUCCUAGCACUGAUUCAGUCAUGGGGGAGGAUGUUGCUCAUGCCGCCACAGAUAUUGAAAAGGAUAUGAUUAAUGACACAGAAGAUAUCCUGCCCAGGAAUAAGACUUCUUUCCUCGAAGAGAAGUCCUCCUCUUCUGACAGACCUCGGAAACACUUCACGUCUUUGAAUGAUCUUCUGACUAAACACAAACAGCUUGGGAGUUUCCCACUCAAUACAACGACAGUCAAGACUCCUACACUCGUGGAAGGCUCAAAGAGAGAUGGAAUGCUGAACAACACUCACGCAGAAGCACCUCACCAACACAAUGCUUCCCUGUUAGUUCUUGUGGAUGGCAAAGACACUAACAUGAUCAACACUACUGAGCCAGAUGACUCAGAUAUUAUGACCACAAAUGAGGAAUCCAAGACUGAUUUUGAAACUUCAGAUACAUAUGAUGCUGAAUACUCUGUAGAUGAAACCCAUUUACAAAACAAUAACAGUGAAAGUCUCCUGAUCAAUGGAACAAUUAGUAUCUUCCCCAAUAAAGUAAAUGUAAAUGAGGUUAAGUCUUCAAAAACUGAUGGUGAUGUCCUCAAAACUUCCACUGAUGACAGGAGUCACCUCUUUUCAUCAUCCAGCCCAGGGAUAAAUGAAACUCACUCCAUUGAUCUGUCUGAAUCAGAUUCAGCCGAUGCUGUGUCGGCCUCUCAAGUGGGCAACUCAGAGGAUCCCAACUCAAAGGACCCUCCCACGUACCUGCCGGACCACCACUUCAAUAUAAGUGAAAUUUUAGAUGCUGAGUUGAAAGAAAAUUUACAUCUGGUACCUUUUGAACGCAAAGCUGGAUCUGAAGAGCCUGAGAGUAAUGGCCAUUUGCCUUUCAAUCAAGAAGAAGGUUCUUACAUUGCAACUGAUCAGGAGCACCAUGUGGACAUUGGUGACUAUGAUUAUGAAGAGAACUUACAUCUACCUCUUGAGCACAGAGACGGUUCUGAACAACCUGGAAGUGAUGGCUAUUUGCCGCUGCAUGAAGAGGAAAGUUCUUAUUUGCCAUCUGAUCAGGAGCACCGUGUGAACAUUAGUGAAAUACACAGUGCUGACUAUGACUUUGAAGAAAACUUACAUCUACCUCUUGAGCACAGAGAUGGUUCUGAACAGCCUGGAAGUGAUGUCUACUUACCAUUGCAUGAGGAAGCAAAUUCUUACUUACCAAAUGAUCAGGAGCACCGUGUGAACAUUAGUGAAAUUCAUGAUGCUGACUAUGAAGAGAACCUACAUCUACCUUUUGAGCACAGAGAAGGUCAUGAACAGCCUGGAAGUGAUGGCUUUUUACCACUGCACCAAGAAGGCUCUUACUUACCAACUGAUCAGGAACACCAUGUAAACCUUAGCGGAAUCCACAGUGCUGACUAUGACUAUGAAGAGAACUUACAUCUACCUUUUGAGCACAGAGAUGAUUUUGAAGAACCUGGAGAUGUUGGAUUUUUACCUUUGAAUCAUGAGGAGAGGCAAUCCUUACCUUCUGACCACAAGGAUGAGUGGAACCUUACAGAAGAUGACAGGGAACACUUUGAAACCCCGCACCACACCAACCACUCGACUCAGACGCGAGUUGAAACAUCCUACCACGUUGAGUAUAGCGAUGGUAUGAACCACUCUGGCUCGGACUCACCCAGUGUCCAUGAGCAUGUCUCCCACCACUCAGUGAGAGGAGAGCCACCAAUCAAUGACAGGAUGCACCAUUUGGAUUCCUCAAGCAAGAAUAACCUCCAUGAUCAAAGUAAAGGUUUGGCAAUUGACGCCAGCCAGAUGUGUUCCCACGAGGGAAAGUACUACAAGCCUGGCCAAGAGUUCUAUAAAGGCUGCUCCUACGUCUGCAUCUGCACCGAGAGUCUGGAGGUGCACUGCGCUGCCAUCGAGUGUCCGCUGUCCUUCGGCCUUGAGCUUAUUGAUCCUGACUGUCUUGACUGGAAGAUUGACCCAGACCACAUCCCUGAGCCACCUAAGUGUUGUGGCCAGAUGAAGUGUGUGUCCAGCUCAGCCUGUCAGUACAUGGGCCAGACCUUCAAGAAUUAUGACCAGAUCCCACGAGAGAUGACCGGCUGCUCCCAGGUGUGUACUUGCAACUAUGGCAACGUGACCUGCAGAGACCCGUGUGACCCAGUGCCUGCCAUCCCGCCCCCUGACCUGCAGUGUGCCUCAGAACAUGCCGUCAUCGUGACCCUGCCUGGAGAGACCUGCUGCAGAGCCUGGCAGUGUGCUACUCAUUCUGUUGAAAGUGUCCCUGCCACCUUUCCUCUGCCCCCUGUGUCUGUGGUGGGGGCCCCACCCACUCCUGCCCUCCUGCCCGCCACCUUCCCUGCCACCCCUUACUUUGGGCCAGAUGAGGUGAUCUCCAAGCCACACAUUUCACCACUGGAUGCCUCCACCAUCCACCUCAUCUUCACCACUCCCACCGUGUACCAAGGCCUGCCAGGAGAACUCUUCCUCAGAUACACCAGUGAUUCAGAGGGACAGCCAGACCCCAACACCUGGAUGAGGGAGGUGCUGGUGCCCAUGGGGUCCCUCAUCCUCCAGUCUGAGUGGGACCACAUACUGACCGGCCUGGAACCUGCCACUGAGUACACCCUGCAGCUGGUGCUCACUGUCCAGCGUGCCGAGCCCAUCUUCUCCCCUGUCUUUACCUACACCACCAUGGAAGAAGCCACCGAUCCACCCACCACCACUCCCCUGCCGCGCCUGGACAUCGACGCAGAGCUGUAUGCUUCAGAGAUCACAAAGAUGUCAGCCAAGGUGUCAUGGAGGAGCUUCAGUGACUAUGAGCUGCAAUACAUUGAUGGUGUACAAGUCAAGUAUACUCAGAAGAAUAAUCUGAUCCCCAAGUUCAGUCAGCUGUUCCACCAUAACAAUGACCAGAUGGACCUUCGUGACCUGCAGCCCGACUCCACCUACACUGUGGACCUUGUGUUCAUCACCCAUGAGAACCAGACCACAAAGGUCACCAACACCAAGCCAAUCACCUUCACCACACUGCCAGAGGAAGAUCCUUAUGACUUUGAGAUUGGCAUCAGAACUGGCAAGAUAACUUCCCAAACUGCUGAGCUGCUGUACUCUGGCAUCCCGGAGCCAGAGGUGAAGUAUGUCAGCGUGUACCGAGUGGUAUACAUCAACGACAACGAGAGGACAGACUCGCAGACCUUCAAGAUCCCUCAGAGUGGCCAGGACAAGAUGGUCUAUAUCAGCGAGCUGAAGCCAGAUGUUAAAUAUGUGGUGUGGCUGGAGGCAUUCCUGUCCAACGGCCGCAAGAAGAAGAGUAACGUGGUGGAGUUCUCAACGAAGGCCGGCCAGCUUCCCAAGCCGGAGAAGAGUGAGAUUGAUCCUAAUGAAGUAGAAAGCAACGGAGAGAACUACUAUCCUGCCCUGGUGGCCGUGGCCCUCAUUGCUGCCGUGGCCUGCCUGGGCUUCCUGGCCCUCCUCGUCAUUCUCCUGAGGAAACAGAGCCACGCCAAGGCUCACAUUAACUCAUCGAGGAACAACGCCUCGUAUGACAACCCGUCAUACAAGGUAGGGGACAAUACUUAUGACAUGGAGAUGAACGGCAUCAAGGGGAAUAGUGGGAACGGCGCCACACAUCCAGAGGAGCAGCCUUAGUCCCUCACCACAGCCUUCCCUCCUACCCCCCCCACCUUCCCUCUGUCCUGUCUCACUGUCUCACUGGCCCUCCACUGUGUGUCAAUAUUGAUUCUUUCUUUUAUUUUGUCUUUGUUUUUUUGUUUUGUUUUGUUUUGUUUUCUGUUUACAGAAAUUCAGCUCAUGUAAAAAUUGCUUCAGUCAAUAUUUUUGAUGUAAAUAAGUACUGUGUGACAAUAUUCAAAGUCCUGUUACUAUGCCAUUGCCUGAAGUAAGAUGCCUGAGAGCUAAGCAUUAUUAUGACUUUUUUUCAUGAUCUUUUAUUAUUAUGUAGGUUAAGGUUCACUGCAAGGAAACCUGCAGGUGAGAGUAAAUGUAUAAAAUAUAUACGACUAUAUACUCAGGUGUUGAACGCAGUAAUUUCAAUGGUGACUGGUAAGGGAUAACGUGUAAUAUACAUCCGUACGUCCGUCUUAUGAUUUAUUUUUAGAUUAUUCUCUUACAUUUUUUUCCUUAAUGAUUAGACACCAUAAUAAGCAACCCUCAAGCUUAAUACUAACGUGUGCUUUAGUCAUUUACACAUUUUCUAUUCCUAGUUAUUUAUAGUUUUCUAUAAAUGAAGAAGUAACCCAGAGUAAUGAGCUGGUGCUCCAUAAAACCAUUUGGUUGUGCCUUUCUUAGCAACAGUGCUGUAUGUAAGUGUGCCAUUAUUGUAUGCUAGCACAAACAAAGUGUAUGGUAGUGUUCCUGCAUCUCCUUCCCACACUGAACUCAGUCUUGUUACUGAGCAGACUGAAGGUUUGUGGAUGGAGGUUUAUUCCAAUUAUUAAACUGUGUUGUUUCCAGGACCGGAGACCCUCAGAGCUCACUUCACAUUGCUUGUUCCCUCAACAUGUCCAUGUUGUGCUCAUCAACAAAACAACAGAAACAUGCUAUCAGUUUGUGAACUGAAUUAUCUUGUUCUGAGAUGAAGGAAUUGUUUGAGAUCCUUGGUGGUGAUUGCAUCAGCUAACAUUCAGCUGGUGAGUGUCCUCGUCAACCAGAGCAAGUGUUUUGCGACUCCUUUCCCAUUCCUUUUGUAGAUAGGAUAAAGCCUGAAGGUUGGUCCUGGAAGCAAUAUUGCCACAGAGUGUACAUGUACAUGUGAUAGUUGAUUGACCUGCAGCAUUGCACUACAACAUGAUUGUUGUCAGGUCUGGUUAUGCAAUAUAAGUUAGGAACAACUUGAGCUUAGAAUGUAUUUUCUAUUUUUUUAUAUUUUGAUAAACAGUCACUGUAAAUCGCAAGGUCUCCCUGUCAUUGGUGGCGGUGGGAGUGCCUGCUGACUGGCCUGCCCGGAGCUGUGUGGCAGGCUGCGUGGGAUGUCACUUUCUGGCCUCCUCAUAGUAUUUGUCUGUAACAAACCCAGAGAAAAUAUAUUGUAAAGAUUACCACAACAGUAUACUAUUUUAACAAAAUUUAUGCAUUACUCCAAAAUAUAUAUUAUAUAACUUGGCAUAUUUUAAUGAUUUCAAGUUGACUUGUUAAUAUUGGUGCAGCACUUGUACAGUUAUUAUUGUAAAGAUUUUGUGCAGAUAUGCACAUUAAACUACUCUUUUUAG